CCGAGGCUGGAGGAAUGACGCUGGGAUAGAGAGCUGAGAAUUACAUUUUUUUUUUAAAAGGAGACUAUUCUGUCCGAGCAUCCGUUAUGGAGAAAUAUUGGUAUUCAUGGAAAGUGCAAGACCCCUAAGAGUCAGAGGGCUUCAGGCUUCAGCAGAGAAACCAGAAGAGUUCUCAGAAUCCAGAGAGAGCGGGGACAACAUGAGGCUACCUAAACGCUUGGGAGCACACAGACGUGUGUUAGUAUGUGGUGGCAUUUUAGGUUUUCUGGUGCUGGCCAUGGUUUCUCUGGCGCAGUUAGGGGCAGAGAAAAGCUCACCCGUGGAGUGGCAUGUGGACGCCGAACAUAAAAAGCGAGUGCAUGAACAUGUACGCAGAGUUCUGACGGGUCAGUGUCAUCCAGGCAGCACCAGGCAGAGUCUGAUGGCUCGACUCCCCACCUCAAGUCACCUGACUCAGCCUUUCCUAUGGAGGGACGUGCCACUUACUGAGGACCUCUUUCAGUACCCGCCCCCCUUUGGCUUCAAAGGUCUGCAGGGCAAAGUAGAGAACCUGCUCAAGCAGCUGCCGGACUCUGCAGCCCAAAUGGAAAAAUCAAAAGAAUGUCGACGCUGUGUGGUGAUGGGAAAUGGAGGCAUUCUCAAAGGCCUGGAGCUGGGCCAGCUGAUCGACAAAUUUGACAUCAUCAUAAGGUUAAACAGCGGUCCUCUGGGAGAGUUCAGUGUUGAUGUUGGGAACCGGACCAGCAUCAGGAUGAGUUACCCAGAGGGAACGCCGCUCCAAUGGGUUGACACAGACUCACAGACUCUGUUCGUAGCCGUGGUGCAUAAAGGCGGAGACAUCAGCUGGACGUCAGCGAUGAUCAACAAGCACAACACUGUGCCUCUGUGGGAUAGGCUGUUCUUCUGGCAGAAGGUUCCCGAUCAAAUUCCUCUCGAGCCUGAAAGAUUCAGACUCCUCAAUCCGCACGUCAUUAGAGAGACGGCACUGGACCUGCUGAAAUACCUUCCACCAACACAACGACUGCUGGGCUGGGACAAGAAUGUGCCGACCCUGGGCGUCUCCGCACUGAAUCUCGCCAGUCUGCUGUGCGACGAGGUCAGCCUGGCAGGCUUCGGCUACAACCUCUCCCAGCAGGGGGCGCCUCUGCACUACUACGACCACCUGACCAUGAGCGCCAUGUGGCGUCAGAAAAUGCACGACGUGGACAGAGAGACCCAGCUCCUGCAAAACCUUGUCAAAGACGGAACCAUCAGUGACCUGACUGGAGGGAUUCACUGCUCCUUCUGCCACAGCUGACCUCCACACAACUCCACAUUUAUCCAUAAAGCACUUCCUUUUUCUUUGCUUUACAGUGCUGCCUAAGGACUGAACAGAUGCUGCACACAAAAUAUGAUGUUAAACAUGCUUUCUGAGAGCAAAGGGCUACCAGCAUGUGAUAUAAAAAGAUGGCAGAAAGAAACUUGAAGCAAAGACUUAAAAAAAAGUAAUAUUUUUAAUACUUGCCACAAAGUGCUUCUUUGCAGGACACAAAAGCAGAACGCAAACCUUGUAGUCUCUCAGUAUUGAAGUCGUCCUGUUAUCACAGAAGUUACAUCCACAUCACCUGUAGACUCUGCAACCAACCAAUGAAAUGCUUUUCUCAUUCCUCUAUUGCCGCGUCCAUCUGGAAAAUCUCAUCUUGAAUUAUUGUAAUCCAUAUAAGGACUACAGACAUGUUUUACUCCAGAUAGCCAUCAUGUUGCAGCUAUUUCAAACAUCAACAAGAAGUCUGGACCCCAAACAGCAACUUGGCUGCUUCGGUUUCUAGUACAGUGUCGUCUCACUGGAUAUAAACUGACAAGCUAAAGGACAGAGCCUUCGAUCAACAUGCGUCAAAAUGCAUUUUUCAAGAAUACUAUUUAUUUAUUUAUUCUUAACACUGGAACAAAUAGAUUUGUACGGAAAGUUCGAGAUGCCUUGUGAGACGGUUUUGGAGCAAGCUUCAAAAUAUGUGAAGCGUAUUAAAGUAUAAUUCUAUGUAUAAAA